CCCUCUAAUUUUUUUAUGCAUUUUUCUAAACUGUCAUGGCGUUUAGUGUCCUUGGAAAUAAAUGCGGAGAGAGGAACACGUAGGUUUUUACGCUAACUGAUGUCCGGAGCCGGCGUGUCCAGACGCAGACACAAAGAUCAAGAAAAAAUGAAAAUACAAAAGAAGGACAAGCAGAUGUCUGCCUCCCAUGUACUAAAGCACACUCCAUCCGCUGCUGCCUCGAAUGCCUCUGACCAAAACGCACAAACUACAUUUCCCAUCGGCCACUUGGGCAAAGAACAAUUACGGAUCAUCGGAGGGCCGCCCAAUCACUGCAUGGCUCACCCAAAGCACUCUGGGUUACGGGAGGCAGGGUCUGCGGCCAGCAGUCACAGUCUCUGCCCUUUAUCAAUCAACAGCGAGGAGGAUGAUGGAGGGGGCGGGGCCAGGAUGAAGAAGAAACGAAGGAAAAAAGACAAAAAGGAGUCAGAGUGGCACAGAGAUGAAGAGAGCAACGCUAAACCAAAGAGAAGGGAGCAAAAGGAAGCGAAGGAGCUUCUUCCGAGAAAGUCAAAGGCAGCGAAGGAACAAAAGGAUUAUAAGAAGAGGGAGCCAAAAGCCCAAAAAGAAGUAAAAAAAGUCAAGAAAAGUCAAGAUGUGAAAGUGAAAACACAGGCCAAGAACACUGCAACACAUCCGCCCUCCAAAAGAGGGAGGAAGCCAAAAGAGCAGGGUGCCAUGCCUCCGGAGAAGAAGAAGAAGGGAAAGAGGAAAAGUGAUGCUGUACUUGAGAUGGUGGAGAGUGAUGACACAACCUCUCUCAGCACGCUCGCCACUGGCGGUGAGGAAAGCAUCGACCCUAUGGAUAACACUAAGAGGCGAUCAGGGCGUCAAGUGAAGCGACGGAAGUAUAACGAAGAUCUUGAUUUCAAGGUCGUGGAUGAUGAUGGGGAGACCAUCGCCGUGUUGGGCUCGGGCCGAAUUGCUGCCAUGUCUUCCUCUACCCUCGCCUGGCAGGCUGAGGAACCCCCUGAAGAUGAGGCCAAUAUCAUUGAGAAAAUACUCUCAGCACGAACGGUCAAGAAAGAGACAUCCCCUGACGAACCACCUGAAGAGAUGGAGGAGUUUUACGUCAAGUACAGAAAUUUCUCCUAUCUGCACUGUAAAUGGGCGACCUUGGAGGAACUGGAGAAGGACCCACGCAUUGGCCAAAAAAUCAAGCGCUUCAGAAACAAGCAGGCGCAAAUGAAGCAUAUUUUCACAGAGCUGGAUGAAGACCUGUUUAAUCCAGAUUAUAUUGAAGUUGAUCGGGUUUUAGAGAUUGCUAUCACCACAGAUACAGAAACUGGAGAGGAAGUUACACACUACCUGGUGAAGUGGUGCUCUUUGUCAUAUGAGGAGAGUACUUGGGAGCUUCAGGAAGAUGUUGACCCUGUGAAAAUCAGAGAGUUUGAAGAUCUCAAGGAAAUUCCAGAUAUCAAGCAUGUGGAAAGGCCUCUGCCCGAACAGUGGCAAAAACUGGAGAAGUCCAGAGAGUACAGGAAUGGAAACCAGCUGCGUGAAUACCAGUUAGAGGGAAUGAACUGGCUCCUUUUCAACUGGUACAACAGGAAAAACUGUAUUCUGGCUGAUGAGAUGGGGCUGGGGAAGACCAUCCAGUCCAUCACGUUCCUCUAUGAGAUUUAUCUCAUGGAUCUGAGAGGACCCUUCCUCAUCAUCGCCCCGCUCUCCACCAUCACCAACUGGGAGAGAGAGUUCCGCACAUGGACUGAAAUGAACGUCAUCGUCUAUCACGGCAGCCAGAUCAGUCGGCAGAUGAUCCUGCAGUAUGAGAUGUACCACCGGGAUGAACAGGGAAACAUCGUGUCUGGCCAGUUUAAGUUUCAUGGAAUCAUCACUACAUUUGAAAUGAUAAUGGCUGACUGUCCAGAGCUGAAGAAGAUUAACUGGCGCUGUGUGGUGAUCGACGAGGCCCAUCGCCUAAAAAACCGCAACUGUAAACUGCUGGAGGGACUCAAACUCAUGAACCUGGAACAUAAAGUCCUUCUCACAGGAACCCCUUUGCAGAACUCAGUUGAGGAACUCUUCAGUCUGCUUAACUUUCUCGAACCCUCACAGUUCCCUUCCGAGACCACUUUCCUGGAGGAGUUUGGAGACCUGAAGACAGAAGAGCAGGUAAAGAAACUGCAAGCCAUUCUGAAGCCCAUGAUGUUGAGGAGACUGAAGGAUGACGUGGAGAAGAAUCUGGCCCCUAAAGAGGAGACAAUCAUUGAGGUGGAGCUCACUAAUAUUCAGAAGAAGUACUACCGCGCCAUUCUGGAGAAAAACUUUGCCUUCCUUGCCAAGGGAGCAAACCAGCACAACAUGCCCAACCUCAUCAACACAAUGAUGGAGCUUCGCAAGUGCUGCAAUCACCCAUACCUCAUUACAGGUGCUGAAGAAAAGAUCCUUGAGAGCUUCAAGAAAACCUACAGUUCUGAUGCUGUAGAUUUUCAGCUGCAGGCAAUGAUCCAGGCCGCUGGUAAACUAGUACUUAUUGACAAGUUGCUGCCCAAGCUGCUGGCCGGAGGACAUAAAGUGCUGGUGUUUUCCCAGAUGGUCCGGUGCCUGGAUAUACUGGAGGACUACCUCAUUCAGAGGAGCUGUACACGAGCAGGAGGUCUGGGCAUCAACCUCACCGCCGCUGACACCUGUAUUAUAUUUGACUCAGACUGGAACCCGCAGAAUGACUUGCAGGCUCAAGCUCGCUGCCACCGGAUCGGUCAAAGCAAAGCAGUGAAAGUAUAUCGCCUUAUUACACGAAACUCAUACGAGAGGGAGAUGUUUGACAAGGCCAGUCUGAAACUGGGAUUGGACAAGGCUGUUCUGCAGGACAUCAACCGCAAGGGCAGUCUCAAUGGGGUUCAGCAGCUCUCUAAGAUGGAGGUGGAAGAUCUUCUCAGGAAGGGAGCGUACGGGGCGCUUAUGGAUGAGGAAGAUGAGGGCUCUAAAUUUUGUGAAGAGGAUAUUGAUCAGAUCCUGCAGCGACGCACGCAGACUAUCACAAUCCAGUCUGAGGGGAAGGGAUCAACUUUUGCCAAGGCUAGCUUUGUGUCUUCAGGGAACCGUACAGACAUCUCUCUGGAUGAUCCAAACUUCUGGCAGAAGUGGGCCAAAAUUGCUGAACUCGAAAUUGACUCCAAGGCAGAAAAGGAGAGUCUGGUGAUCGACACCCCUCGCGUAAGGAAGCAGACGCGUCACUAUAACUCGUUUGAGGAUGAUGAACUGAUGGAGUUCUCUGAACUGGACAGCGACUCAGAAGAACGACCCUGUCGCACAAGACGUCUCAGCGAUCGCAACAGACGCUACCUCCGAGCGGAGUGCUUCAGAGUGGAGAAAAACCUUCUCAUUUUCGGGUGGGGUCGCUGGAAGGAUAUUCUCAAUCAUGGGCGUUUUAAAUGGCACCUGACGGAGCGAGACAUGGAGGUGCUGUGCAGGGCACUUCUAGUCUACUGUGUUUGCCAUUAUAAGGGAGACGACAAAAUUAAGAGCUUCAUUUGGGAUCUGAUCACACCCACUAAAGACGGACACAAUCAAGCACUACAAAACCACUCAGGUCUGUCUGCUCCUGUCCCACGGGGUCGUAAAGGCAAGAAGCUGAAGAACCAGUUGAGUCCACCUGAGCUGAAGAAUGCAGACUGGCUGGUCCACUGUAACCCAGAGGUUGUGCUUCAGGAUGACAGCUACAAGAAACAUCUCAAACAACACUGCAACAAGGUGCUACUGAGGGUGCGGAUGCUGUACUAUCUGAAGGUCGAAGUGCUGGGGGAGGCUGCUAAUCAGGCUCUUGAAGGGAUCCCAGCCAGUAAACUGGAGGUAACCCUGCCUGAUAUUGACUACAUUGAGAUCCCUACAAUAUGGUGGGAUGCUGAAGCGGAUAAAUCGCUGCUUAUUGGAGUUCACAAACAUGGGUAUGAGCGGUAUAACGCCAUGCAUGCAGACCCUGCUCUGUGUUUCCUGGAGCGAGUGGGUAUGCCUGAUGUCACUGCAUUGACGGUAGAGCAAAGUGGAGCAGAAACUGCUUCAGAUGUACCUGAUAGUAUCAGCAAGAGUGAUGAAAUCAAAGAGGAGAACGACAUUAAGUCUGAGGAAUUAGAAGAGAAAGUAGAGAUCAAGGAGGAACCCAUGUCAGAGGAAACAGGGAAAAAUUACAAUGCAGUGACAGGGGGAUUUAUAGGAUCUCUCGCAGCAGACCUUGUUGCAGAAUUGAUGGAGCAGGGACGGAUACAGUGGCCGGCAGGCUCAGCUCUUACAGCACGUCUGCGGCGCCUCAUUACUGCCUAUCAGCGUUAUACACGCCGUGAACCGCUUCGUCAUGAUUUCCUCUUACACGAGGGAAUUGCACCUGUGGCUUGGCAAAUAGGAGAGUUUAGGCACUGCACUACUGAGCCUGAUCCGCUCUUUUUGGAGUGGCAACGAAGGUGGACACGUCGAGAGCAGGCUGACUUCAAUCGCACCGUGUCCUCGUUUGGAGUAGUGUAUGACCCAGAGAAGAAGACCUUAGACUGGAGCCAGUUCCGUGCCCUUGCUCGAUUAGAGAGGAAGACGGACGAAAGCUUAGAGAGAUAUUUCCACAGCUUUUUUUCAAUGUGUCGAACUGCAUGUAGACUGCCGCCCAGAAAAGAUGAAGGUAAUGUGGAUCCAUCACUGUUUGUGGAGCCCAUUACAGAAGAGCGAGCUGCCCGAACAUUAUAUCGUAUCGAGCUUUUGAGAAAAGUCCGUGAGCAAGUAUUGCGCCACCCGCUCCUGGGGGCACGACUGCAGCUAUGUCACCCUAGUCUGUACUUGCCCGUCUGGUGGGAGUGUGGCAAACAUGACCGUGAUCUUCUCAUUGGGGUUGCUAAGCAUGGCUUGAGUCGAACAGACUUCUACAUCCUCAAUGACCCCCAAUUAUCCUUCCUGGAGGCCCACCGGAACUAUGUUCAUAAAGAAAACCACAGAUAUCCUGUCCCAGGCUUGCCCCACCACCAUUGCUGCUUGCAUGAUGCCAACCUUGGGCAUUGUCAGUCCCCACAACCUCCAGAGUAUCACCCCACACCUUCACACCACACACCAACACAACUCGUCCAUUCUCAUGGGCAUCACCAGCCCACAGAAGUGGUGGCAUCAGAGUCUGGAAGCUCCCUAGGGAUAGGUACAGGAAUCAGGGAAGGAUUUUUGGAUUGCCAUCCACUGGAUGACUCUCUGGAGUUGGGUUCUUUACAACAUGAAGGCUUGACAUCAGACACACUACAUAGCAAGUCUGGUAAAGAGGCCUUCAAUGGAUUCCCGUUCAAUUCUGCAACUGGUGGGCAGAAUAUGCUAAAUUCGUACGGUGUCCAAGGGGAGCUAAAUGGGUCUCAAGCAGACAUGGCGGACUCCAUAGCUGGGAAACUUCGCAGCGAUGUUCUGGUGGGAGAGCAAGGGUCUUCUGAGGAGACUGGCUUAAUGGCUCCUUCUGUGGAACUAGAUGAACUUCAAACUCCAUGGGAAAGCUCGGACCAUGCUGAAGCCUCUGACAUGUUCAACGAGACUGAUCCCAUCUUGGGAGCGCAAACUUUGGAACCCAGCUUUCUCGAUGCUCCUCAACCAGAAGAUGGACAUGAGGGUGAUGAAACGCUCACUGACUGUUUGAGCAUGCCUAGUUCGGACUCUCAAAGCAACCCUAUUGAACCACUGGCAACGAGCUUCAUGUUGUUCAAAGACCUUAAUGUUGGAGAGACUUCUGUGGAUCAGACAGAUCUAUCAGCCAGUCUUCCAGAAUAUGUUCCACCACCACCACCUCUUGGACUCCCGGAUGUGAGUCUUGACCAGACAGAUCCCAUUAGUGAGGAGCAAGAGGACAAGCUUAGUGAUUCCAACAUCACACAUGGUGUUCCCAGUCCAGAAGAAGGAGCUGAAAGCGUAGGGUUUCAAGAUCUUUCCCCAGACAGCCCAAAGACAAUGGAUACUCAAGAUGAGAUGCCUUCAAUAGCGUCUCCAAGCGAAAAUUGUCUCGAGGAAUCCCAGAAAGGGGACUACAAAGUGCCAUUUGAAGAUUCCAGUGGAGAUUUGAAAGAUCCUUGUGAAGUGGCCUUGGAUGAACCUUACGAAAAGCCUCUAACAGAGCCAGAAAAAGUGCCUUUAGAGGAGUCUUACGAUUUGACUUGUGACGAGACCCUGCAGGAACCUUGCGAAGGGUUUCAGCAAGACACAGCGGAACAGCAGUUGGUGGAAGAACCCUGCAAAGAACCAUCAGAGCCAAUUGAAGAGUGCAAUCUAACUAACACUACUCUCUCAACAGAUUACCCUAUGCCGCCUUCACUCCCAUCAUCUCCUACUACCUUACCUGACACCUCUGAAUCCCCGGGCCUUGACGCAGUCCCAAAACAAGAACUCCUCAUGGAUCCAGUGGUAUCAGAUGUGAAGCCUGAGCCAGAUAGCACUACGCAGAUCCCUCACCUUGAGCAGACUGAGGUUUUGGAAGUAAAGGACAAGAUAAAAGAUGAAAGUGCAAUGGCACCAGCAUUAUUGGGAGAUGUUGAUGGACUACGCUUUGUAUUGCCCAUGUGUGAGAUGGCAGACAGUGUCCAUGAAAUAAGGGAACCAACCAUUGCUCGGCUUCUACAAGAGAAAGCACUCUUCUCCUUCUCAGAGUGGCCUAAGGACAGAGUGAUCAUCAACCGUAUUGACAGUAUCUGCCACACUAUCUUAAAGGGGAAGUGGCCUUCCUCCAGUCAACAGUAUGAGUCUCCCACCUCAUUGACUAACACCUGCGUGCCCAGCAGUGCCCACCAGAGAGCAGGAUUUCUGUCUACCAGAAUGCCUAUUUCUCAGAGCCUUAACUUUAACCCACACACAGUACCCCACUUAGCAAAGGAGCGGUUAGUGGCCCCAGCAUUUCUCCCUGAGCUCAAACGUCCAAGACGGGGUUUUGAAUUUGAGGCAGAAGUUCUUGCCAAACCAAGCAAUCUUGGAGAAAAGAUCCAGGUUGGCAUGCCUCAUCGUGCUAAUGCUCUCCUCCUUAAUGGCUGGCAGGAUGCCGCUAUUGACCUCUCCAAACCAACAGAGCUAACAGUUGGUGGAGACAGUGGGCCAAUCGGUCAGAUGAGCCACACUGUCCAGUCAGCGCCACAUAAAAUAACUGGGAUAGGCUCCAUACAAGGCUCACUGGGAUUGGAUAUGGCUGGCAUUUUGCAGGCUGGACUGAUUCACCCAGUCACAGGGCAGAUUGUCAACGGCGGUCUUCAUCGUGAUGAUUCAAUGUUGAGACGGAGGAAAGGACGGAGAAGAAAUGUGGAGACUCCUGAUCUCAGCUUUAUAAAGGGACGAAGCGUGAACUUGCCUGACCAGCAGAGCGGGUCAGAGAGUAUCAGCCACCCUGUUGUGUCCUCCACAUCCUCCCAGUCAGAAGGCCCUCCAGCCACCCCGACUACACUUCCUACUCAGCCUCCAGCCUCAGAGGCCAUGAAUGUGAGCUUGGACAGGGAAACAGCCAAUAAAGGCCUAAUUGAAUGGCUCAGACAAAACCCCAACUACAACAUGGAGCUUUCUGCUUUUCCGUCUCAGAAUGCAAGCAUGUUGCACAGUUUCUUGGAGCGUCCGAAGCAGAGAAGGCAUCGCUGCAAAGACCCAACCAAGCUCAAUGUCAACUCUCUAACUGGGGAGGAGAGAGUCCCAGUAGUGCACAGAAACACAGGCCGCAGGCUUGGAGGCGCUAUGGCUCCAGCCAUUAAAGAGCUCUCCCGAUGGCUGGAUGCAAACUCCGAAUACUCUGUGGCUCCUGAUUGGGCAGAUGUGGUGAAGCACUCAGGUUUUCUGCCAGAGGGCAAAUUCACACGCAUCCUCUCUGGACCCGUAUGUCGGGAUCCCGGUCCACGUAGGAGAGGCAGGCGACCCCGCAGUGAGAUGCCCAAAGCCCACGAGCUCCCCGCUGGCAUGGGUCCGCUCUUCAUGAAUGGUGGGCUCAUUGGCAGCAUGGAUCUGGUUAGCUUACCCAAUCUCCGCAAUGUCCCUGGCAUCCCGCUAACCGGUAUCAUGGGCUUUCCUCAUGGUUUCGCCACUGCCAUACCAUCAGGAGAUGAUGCCAAGAAUGGACUCAGUAUGCUGCCCAUGAUGCUCCACGGCAUGGCAGCCGUGCAGCCGCCCAUGUACAGCGCUCACAUGAGUGGAAUGAUGAAUCAACCUCUGUCCACUGCAAUGUCCACUACGUCCACUGCAACUGCAUCCUCCACUACAGCGAGCGUGACUUCUACGAACUCCGCAACCGUAACCUCAUCCUCCAACCCAGCAGAUAGUUCGGAUUUUGCGCCUCAGCAUGAUAACGCAAGCUCUCCGAUGAGCACGGAGAAUGGGAAUAUGGAGGACGCAAAGCAAGGAGGGGAAGAGAAGAAAGUGUCCGCUUCAGUGUCUACAGCUGCGGCCACUAGCAGCAGUAGUAGUAGUAGCAUCACAAGCACCGGCAGCCAUUUGACCUUUAACCCUUUUCUAAUCCCAGGAUUGUCACAUAGUCUGUUGUAUCCUCAUAUGUUCUUGCCACCGGGCAGUAUAAUGGCGCUGCCCGCCAUGACCGCAGCAGACAGCACGGGCAGCCCCAAGAGGAAAAGGAAGAAGGUUAGGCAGGAAGGACCAGAGGAGGGAAGCAGCAAUGUUGGUGUACAUAUAGAUGGUGUGGAAUCGAAGGAGGUUAAAGACGAACAGACACCCAAACAAAAGAGCCAAGAGGGCGGAAUGGAAGAAGGCAGACCUGAUGUAGAUUUAGCUCAGGUCAAAGAUCCUUCUGAGGAUAGAAGUACUGAGGAAAAGGACAAAAACGAGAUGGGAGAGGAACCUAGGGCAAAUGCUCAAGGCUUGUGUGUCAGUGGAGACUAGAAUGCAUCCUCAUGUUUGGGCCACAGUACUUUUAUGUGUGUCGUGUCGGUAGAAGUUUGUGUAUAGGACUUUGCUUAUCAACGUAUUGUUUAUAGAUCUGCCCUUGUAAUUUCACUGACAUCUACACUUCCUUCUGGGUGUGUGCUAAAGAUAUAGACACUUGAAGCAUGCAAACACUCAGAGGUCUUGAAUCCUGAAAAAGGGACAAACAUCAUCAUUGGUGUUAGCGUGUUCCUUUUGCAUCAUGGGAAUGGAUACUCAGACAUUUCUGUCUGUUGACGGAGAACGCUCUUAGUGACCCCAGCAUUUUCCCCCUUCGAUUAGGUGUUAUUCACUAGCAUCUUUCACAGAUUCUCAGAAAGCGGUAGGAUGUUGGUAUUGUGCAAAAAACAGACGGCAGUCUCACUUCAUAUUCGUGUUUCUGAUCACGCUCUUAUAGUUGCAUAAGUCCUAGAUUUAUGUUUUGAAACCUAAUGUAAAGAAAACAUUCGUUCCAUUGGUAGAUUACCAGCAGAGCUGCAUCUGAUACAGUCUCGAUGGACCACAGUAUUUUGUUCUUAGUUGCUUGCUGCUAUGUAUUCAUUUUAGUGAAGAUUUUAACCUAAAUCUUUUACAAAGCUAUAGGUGGCAUGAGUGCAACAUGGUGAGUGCAGUGGAAACUCAAAAAGAGCAAGGCUUGAAAUUGAUGGCAAAGAACAAUCCUGAGAUUGAUUUAUCUUUUGUUUUGUUUGUCAUAUUGUUUUUGGUGUCGUUUCCACAUGGUUGCUUUGAUAAGAUGCCCCCGUUGGGAUACUACUAAUCAUUUAUAGAGAUGGCUAUAUAUACUUAGAGGUGCUGCAUGUUCAAGAGCGAAGGUUUAGUGCCGUAGAUGAGACUCUGUUCUGGUAUUGGUACACGGGCUUAUAAAAUAAGUCUGAUGCAAAACAGGUGAUAGAACAUUGCGAGAACUGUGUGUUGUUGUUUUUUUAGUGAAUUUAAAGGGAUAAUUCACCCCCAAAUUAAAUUUCU